AACGAGUUAUGGAUUUUUAUCGAGUGAACACAAUCGGAAAUUGGACGUGUGUGAAUUUACUGGAAGAUUAUCGUUCGAAUACGCGAUACAAGGACAAGAAGCAAAUUUUGGAUUGUAUUAAAAAAAACUUUCAAGGAAUGGAGGAUUCUAAUUCAUUUGAUGCAGGCAAAUCAGGCUCAGGCCCAUCCCAUGGGCCAGUAAAAAAAGGAGAAGCUCGAAAAAUACUCGAUAACUGGAAGUGCAAGCUGGGACUACUUGUCGCUAGUGAUGAAUUACUCAUUCGACGCUUAGUGCAAGCUGGGACUACUCGUCUUAUAAGGACGAUCUUUAAUCCUGAUUAA